GAAAAUUUAAUGAAUAAAACACAAUUAUUUGUAUUAUAUUUUUUGUAGGAGAUAAAACGACUUAAGGUAGAAGAUUCUACUCAACAAAAACAGUUAGAAUAUGAAAAGGCUAAAUCAGAAUGGCGAGAAAAGCUGAUUGAACAGUAUCACAAAACCCUGCUGCAAGUUCCUACAACACCUUUACAACCAAAAAGUGAAAAAUGUAGCUUUAAUGAGAUUUAUAUUAGGCCCAAAAUAACGAGGGAAAUAAAAGGAGAAAGGGGGGAGACAAAGGAGGUGGAGGUUAAAACAAUGUCAGAAAUCUUCACAAAGGAGGGAGUCCCUAAAAAAUCUGUAUAUGUUCUAGGAGAUGCAGGGUCAGGAAAAACUAGUUUUUGUAAAUAUCUUGUUAAUUGUUGGUGUUUGGCACACAGUGAGGAACAUAAAGCGGACAAUGAAAACAAAGAUGGCAAUGGUGAACCUGACGGUGACAGUGAAAAACAUGGAUGUGACGGUGAAAAACAUGGGGCUGGCAAUGAAAAUGAAGAUGGCAAUUGUAAACCUGAAGGUAACAGUGAUAAACAUGGAGGUGACAGUGAAAAACAUGGAGGUGACAGUGAAAAACAUGCAGGUGACAGUGAAAAACAUGAAACUGGCAGUGAGGAACAUGGAGGUAAUAAUGAAGAACAUGAUAAAAAGGGAAAUGACAUUGUAAAUGAAGAGUUAAAGGGGGCACAUAGUGGAGACAUUGAAAACGAAGACAGCAGUAAGACACAUCAAGGUGUUAAUGAGAAACCAGGAUAUGAAAAACAUUUGGGUGACAUUAAGAAAAAUGAAAGUAACAGUGAGGACAUUCAGGAUAACAGUGAUGACUUAACAGACUCCGAAUCCAACAUUGAGGGCAAUAAAAGUAUUUUAAAAUAUUUAAAAUUUGGCUCUGAAUAUGAUAGCGACUCUGAAUAUGAUAUCAAAAAUUAUGAACUGAAAUUCAACGGUGUAAAAGAAAUGAAGAAAUUUGAUUUUGUAUUUUACAUCACUCUUAGACAGUAUCAGAACAUUGGCACUAUCGAUGAAAUGCUUCUAAAACGUUAUGAAAUGAAAAUGUUACACACACUUCUUGAAGAGGAAUCCUCUAAAGUUAUGAUUUUGCUUGAUGGCUUGGAUGAAUGGUCUUCUGAAAAUGUCCCAGAACAUAGUAUCUUUAAGGAGUACACAAUAUUAACUACUUCGCGGCCAUGGAAAUUUCAUACAUUAAGAUCAAGUGAUGUGGAGAUUGAACAGUGGCUUAAUCUGAAAGGGUUUGAUUUUAGAUGUGAAAGGGAAAUGGUAAAUAGGACAGUCUCACAAUUAAAUGUAAAUAGACAUGCUAAUAAACAAGCUAGAGAUUGUAUGAAAAAGCUAGAAGUAAAGUCUCUGAAAAGUUUAAAACAGGUACCAAUAAUGCUACAACAACUGAUAUGUUUAUGGUUUGAUGGUAAACUCGAUAAAACCUCAAGAUGUGCCAUCUACACCGGCAUGUUAGAACUAUUCUUUACAUGGAAUGACAUGAAAACUACAGGAACAAGUACUCGACUCAUGAAAGGUGCUCAGAAAGUAAGCCUCCCUCAUUAUUUAUCUGGAAUAACCAAAUUAAGAUUAAACAACCAUUUCAUUUAUGAAGUGUCACAGUUGGCUUAUGAGACACUAUUUAAUUGUCCGAAGGAUAAAUCCUUGACAUUUGACAUUUGUAUGUUAUAUGAACUUGAAAUAUCAGAUGAAGUAAGAGAAAAUUGCUUGAAACUUGGAAUAAUGACUGAAGAUGAAUGUUCAAGUUUAUCUGUAUCAGAAGCAUCAAGCUCAUUGUUCUUCUUUAUUCACAAAUCAAUGCAAGAAUUUCUGGCUGCAGUAAAUAUUUGUAUCAAUUUCAAUGCAAAAAUUGGUUUGUCAGAUAGUACAGGAAAUGUUGAAUUAGCCAAGAAGUUUAUUAUUGAGGUUUUCCAGAAAUGUUCAACAGUAAAUGACAUAUUAGAGCAGUCAAAUGUUAUCAUUAUGCUAUGUGGUCUAGAACCUAGAUUAGCAACGCAUGUUUCAAAAUACAUAUAUGAUACUGUGUCAGAAGACUCUCGUGUGCAGGAAUGCAGGAGAACAAUAAGUAGUGACUUUUAUGAGGACCAUAGUUGUAUAACUGAUAUUCAAAAGCUUAUGUUUGAGUCAAUGGAAGAAUUCAAUGCAACAUGUUGUAUAGGAAAUAAUCCUGUAUUUUAUAUAGGAGAUUUAGUCCUUUAUGUACAGGGUCAGUAUUGUGAUAUUGUUUGUUCAAGUAUUGAUAAGCAUCAAAUUGUUCCUGAUUCUGUUCUGUCUAUUUAUAUAGAUAACAUCAACACAGAAAAUAUUAAAUUUGCAAAAUAUUUACCAAUGUUUCAUCAUCUUGAAAAAAUUGAAAUAUCAUAUGACCUUAUAUCACAAAGGUUCUUAAGUACACAAAGUGAUAGUACACAGAGUAAUGAACAGAGGAUUAAUGAGAUUAACAAUUGUGUUUGUGAGACAAUUAAAGUAAAUACUUCAACAUUAAAAUCUCUGUCUCUUGAUCGUGUCUAUUACACUGACGAGUAUUACCCAGUGUAUAAAACAGUUGGUAGUUACCUACCUAGUAUGAUCAAUCUUGUAGCAAUAUGUAUGAGAUAUAUAACAAUGAGUCAUGAUGAUUUUUCUACAUUUUGUAAUUUUCUUGAGGGAACCAGUCAUCUUGAACAAAUACAUCUUGAAUAUGUUCAAUGUGAGUGUGAGGACCAGCAUGAUGUAAAUUUAUCAAAACAUCAACAACUUUUGUACCUUUAUUUGUUUGGUACUGUUAGUGUGAUAGAUGCUGAUACUACAAACCUUGAAAUAUUUUCAUUUUAUGAAUUGAAAAAAAGUAAUUAUGAGAAAAUAUUUGAUAUUAUUAAUAAAUCUAACAAAUUAAAAGAACUUGAAUUGAAUGGAGAAUAUACCAAUAAAUCUCAAUUAUAUCAUACCAACAUAACAAAGAGACUUGUCACAGUAUUACCAUUGUUACACAAUCUCAGUAAGCUUGAGUUACUGUCGUGUAGGUUAGCUGACAAUAUAAUACAGUUACCUUUAGAGAUGAAGAGUUUAAAGAACAUUAAGCUUUAUCACGCCAUAAUGAGUUUGACAACAUGGCUGAAGUUUGUUGAUAGUCUUACUAGUCUUCCUCAUACUGUAGAUGUGAGAGUAAGGGGCUGUUAUAUAACAGGAUAUGGUGAGGAGGUUAAUGAUGAUAGGUUACCAUUGUUAUAUGGACUUGUAGGAGAGAAGGGAAAUGAUGCUAUACAGUAUGUUAAAGAUAAGGAUCAGUUAUUUCAUGUUAAACUUGAUGAUGAUCGUUUGUUUGACUUUUCAACAAAAAAGUGAUAUAGUAAACUUGUAGUAAACAUAAAUUAUUGCAUGUUAAAAGAGAUGAUUUGUUUGAAUUUUCAACAAAAAGGGGAUAAAAGUAUCAAUUUAGAACACAUGAAGUGUUUAAACUAAAUUAUUAAAAGAGAUGAUAAUUUGGUUUUUCAUUUUCAACAAAAAAAAUGAUCUGAAUUUUUAACAUAGUGAGAGAGAAUACAUGCAGUUAACAUAGUGCUUAAUCUAAAUUAUUUCAUGAUAAAAGACAUAAUUAUUAAAAUAAAAACAUUAUCAGCAAAAAAAUAAAAAUAAAACAAUACUAAAGUUACAUAUUGAUAUGUUAAUUAAUGAAUGUAUAGCAAUAUGAUAGAUAACAAUCAUCAAAAACAGUUCAUUAAAUAUUAAUUUCUGAUCAUUGUAAUAAUAUUAAAAUUGAUGAAAGUAAUAUUCAAAUGUGUAUUUAAAUAAAUAAAUGAAAGAAAUGCAGUGAAAUAUAAAGAAAAAAUAUAUUAAUCUGGAUAAAGGUAAAGGUUAUUUUUUAAAUAUCAGAUAUAGUUUGUGAAAAGAAAUAUGAUUUGAAAAAAGUAAUGUCCUAAUAAGAAUGCAUAAAUAGAUUUGUUAAUAAACAAGUAAAAUUUUUUAAUGAAUUAAUGAAUAAUUAAAUUUAAUGAAAAUAACAUAAAACAGAUGUUUAAUGUAAUUUACAUGGUCAGAAAAGUUAGAAGUAAAAGAUAACAUGCAAAUACCAGUCAUAUAAAUAUGUAUAGCAAUGGAAAUGGAAUAGUAUAUAUAAAUACAAGUUAUAUGAUAUAGGACAAUGGAAUGGUAUAUAUAUGUUAGAUACGCAAAGGAAAUUGUAUAUAUCAAUACCAGUUAUAUGUUAAAUACACAAAGGAACUGGUAUAUAUAAAUACAGUCGACUCCGGUUAUAAUGUACUCAAUGGGACAUUAAAAUAUCGUUCGUUAAAUCCGAAGUUCGCUAAAAGCGAAGUAGCAACAAUUUGCUGACUUGUCUGGAUGGGGAAAUUUGCCGUGGAAAAGUCAUACUUUUCACAGGUUACCGGUGUAACCUGUAUUUUACUGCAGCGGUUAUUAAAUGGUUAUUUUAUGCCGGGCAUUUUAUUAAACAAUAUAUUAUGUACAUGGUACAUGUAUUAAUUUGUAUUAACUUGUCUAUAAAGUAUUCUUUUGCUAUUUGUUUAUUAUCGUUUGGUUAAUAUUGCAAAGAAAAACAAUCUAUUAUUUGGUAAUUAUCGGGUAUUUACAGCAAUCAACUGAGGGUGCGAAAUACAAAUUUUCCGUUACAAGUAGGGAAUUAUGUUUUGAGAACAUUUAAUCAAAAUCUUUAUAUAACCUGUGCAAUUAUUCGAUUGUAUAAUUAUCGGAUAGCGUUAUUGAUGUAAUGAUCCU